AUGACGAUGUCCAAGUCUUGGCCGGCAGGAAGUGCCGUUGUCAUCAUUGCCCAAGCAUUGCUGGGUAUCAUCGCGUCCCUGAGCGGCGUUCAAGCAGACAACCCAAUUGUGCAAACUAUCUAUACGGCAGAUCCAGCACCGCUCGUCCACGACGGCCGCGUUUAUGUAUUCACUGGACACGAUGAGGAUGGCGCGACAACCUACGACAUGCGCGAUUGGCGUUUGUUCUCAUCCGAGGAUAUGGUCAAUUGGCAACACCACGAGUCACCUAUGAACGUACAAACCUUCGCCUGGGCCGCUGCUAAUGCAUGGGCGGGCCAGGUCAUCGAGCGGAACAACAAGUUCUAUUACUACGUUCCAGUUACGCGCACCGGGGGUAGUAUGGCUAUCGGUGUCGGUGUCAGUGAUAGCAUUACGGGACCCUUUCGAGAUGCUAUAGGAAGUCCGUUUGUGGAGAACGGGGAAAUCGACCCGACAGUCUUUAUCGACGAUGAUGGCCAAGCUUACAUGUACUGGGGUAAUCCAAACCUCUGGUACGUGAAGCUAAACGAAGACAUGGUAUCAUACAGUGGCGAGGUCACGCAAGUGGAACUCACGACUGCUGGCUUCGGAACGCGAGAAGGCAAUCCGAAUCGCAACACGACUUUCGAGGAAGGUCCCUGGAUUUACAAGCGCGAUGGAACAUACUAUCUUGUUUAUGCAGCAAACUGCUGUCCGGAAGACAUUCGCUAUUCAACAGGUCCUAGUGCCACUGGGCCUUGGACCUAUGGUGGCUUGAUCAUGGAAGCGCAAGGCGCUAGUUUCACCAAUCAUCCGGGGGUCAUUGACUUUGGCGGCACUUCAUAUUUUUUCUAUCACAAUGGUGCCUUACCUGGUGGUGGUGGUUUUACACGAUCCGUCGCUGUGGAGAGCUUCACCUACAGCUCGAACGGCUCGUUCCCUCUUAUUCCAAUGACUACGGAUGGUCCAUCUCAGGUUGGAUCCCUCGACCCUUACAUACGUCAAGAGGCUGAGACAAUGGCUUGGUCCUCUGGUAUAGAGACAGAAGUUUGCAGCGAAGGUGGUCUAAAUGUGUGCUGGGUUAAUGAGGGCGACUACAUCAAGGUAGAAGGAGUUGACUUUGGGACUGGCGCUACACUCUAUACUGCAUCUGUCGCCUCUGCACUGGCGGGGGGUGAGAUUGAGUUGCGCCUUGAUAGUGUAUCGGGCACACUCAUAGGCACUUGCUUGGCGUCUAACACCGGAAGCUGGCAAUCGUGGGUCACUAUUUCGUGCCCCGUGACCGAUGCCGUCGGAGUUCAUGAUUUGUUCCUUGUUUUCCGGGGCGAUGGCGCUGAUCCACUGUUCAAUGUUGACUGGUGGCAAUUUUCUAAAUAG